AUGGCGUUUGAGGACCUCUUGGAGCAGGCCGGGGGCCUGGGGCUCUUCCAGGCCCUGCAGGUCCUCACCCUCGUCCUCCCCGCCCUCCUGGUGCCCCCGCAGAUGCUCCUGGAGAACUUCUCGGCCGCCGUCCCCGGCCACCGCUGCUGGGUGCCCCUCCUGGACAACAGCACGGCCCAGGCCGGCGUCACCGGGGCCCCGCGGCCAGAGGCCCUCCUGGCCGUGGCCAUCCCACCGGGCCCCGACCGGCAGCCACACCAGUGCCGCCGCUUCCGCCAACCUCAGUGGCAGCUCCUGGACCCCAACGCCACGGCCGCCAACUGGAGCGAGGCGGCCACGGAGCCGUGCGUGGACGGCUGGGUCUAUGACCGCAGCACCUUUGCCUCCACCAUCGUGGCCGAGUGGGACCUGGUGUGCGACUCUGAGGGCCUGAAGCCCCUGGGCCAGUCCAUCUUCAUGGCGGGCAUCCUGGUGGGAGCCGCCGCCUUCGGCCUCCUCUCCUCCCGGUUGGGGCGGAAGCCCAUGCUCACCUGGGGCUGCCUGCAGGUGGCUGCGAGCGGCACGGCCACCAUCUUUGCUCCGAACUUCCCGGUCUAUUGCGGCCUCCGGUUCCUGAGCGCUUUCGGGCUGGCUGGCCUCAUCCUGGUCUUGAUGACACUGACCGUGGAGUGGACCACGACCAGCAGGCGGGCCGUCACCAUGACGAUCCUGGGAUGCACCUUCAGCACCGGCCAGAUGGCCCUGGGCGGCCUGGCCGUCGCCCUGCGGGACUGGCGCACCCUCCAGCUGGCCCUGUCCGUGCCGCUGUUUGCUGCCGCUCUGAUGUCCUGGUGGCUGCCCGAGUCUGCCCGGUGGCUGAUCAUUACGGGCAAACCAGACCGAGCACUUCGCGAGCUCACCAAGGUGGCGAGAAUCAAUGGGCACAAGGAAGCCAAAAAGACACUGACCAUGGAGGUGCUGCUGUCCAACAUGGAGGAGAUGGCCUCUGCGAAGGCCCACAGGUCUGUGCUGGACCUGUUCCGAGUGCCUGAGCUCCGCUGCAGGACCUGGACCCUGAUGGCAGUGAACUUCACCCUGACCGUCUCCUACUACGGGCUGGUCCUGGACCUGCAGAGCCUGGGGAGCGACAUCUUCCUGCUGCAGAUCCUCUUCGGCGCCGUGGACUUCCUGGGCCGGGCUGCCACCGCCUUCUUCCUGAGGCUCCUGGGCCGCCGGGCGACCCUGGCCGCCUCCCACGCUCUGGCCGGCUCCUCCAUCCUGGCCAACGCGCUGCUGCCGCGAGACUGGCCGACGCUGCGCGUGGCGCUCGCCGUGCUGGGCAAGGGCUGCUUCGGGACGGACUUGACCUGCCUCUCCCUGUACAAGAACGAGCUGUUCCCCACCUCGCUGCGGAUGACCGCAGAUGGCCUCCAGCAGUCGGUAAGCCGGCUCGGGGCCAUGCUGGGCCCCCUGGUCAGGAUGGCCCGCCAGGCCCUGCCGCUGCUGCCGCCGCUCUCCUACGGCCUGGCCCCCGUCGUCUCCAGCCUAGGAGUCCUGCUCUUCCUCCCCGAGACCCAGGGACUUCCGCUCCCCGACACCAUCCAGGACCUGGAGGGCCAGAGAUCGGCCAAGGCCAGGGGCAGCAGGCGCGAGGUGGCCGUGAUGGAAAGCACCUGGCUUUAG